GAACCGGAUUUAGUGAAGUGCAUAGAAGUUAGACAUUCAAGUUUUCUUACUGAGUUUUUGUCAGAAGAAGUACAAUAUUUAGCGGAAAAGAGCAGGAAAAGUGAUGAAAAAUUAGUCUUCGGCUCGUUGGGUUAAGUUUGGCAAUUUGAAUUCAAAUUUUCCCUCUCUUGCACGGAGAAGUGCGCCAGUACUGCUGCGACGGACGAUUCGCGAACUGCAUCAGCUGACGUUUGUUUUCGCACAAAGAAAUCAGUGAAGAAACGCGUGAAAAAGGAAUUAUCCUCCAAAAAUCAUGGGCAGAAUCUUUCUAGACCAUAUUGGCGGCACGAAGCUGUACUCGUGCGCGUCCUGCGACACAAAUCUGACCAACAAGAGCGAGCUGAUCAGCACGAGAUUCACUGGAGCGACGGGUCGCGCCUAUUUGUUCAAGAAAGUCGUGAAUCUCACAUUCAGCAAUGUCCAGGAGCGUGUGAUGCUCACAGGUCGACACAUGGUGAGGGACGUGCUGUGCAAGAACUGCAAGGCGAAGCUGGGAUGGAUGUACGAGUUUGCCACAGAAGACUCCCAGAAGUACAAGGAGGGGAGAGUGAUUCUCGAGCAUGCACUCAUCUCUGAGUCUGAGGGCUUCCUGGAUCCCUUCGGAGCGAACACAGCGCCGAGCAGCUAUCGCGACAGGGAACACUAAGAGCCGACGAACUGUCCUUAAUCCUUAACUAUUUUAUUUCCAUUAACGCUCUCCCGGAGAACUACUAGCCUGGUAACUGCCCGCUUUUCUGCACCAUCGCGAGGGCAUUCUCAUUGGCGAUCAUCUGGUACUCCUGGAAGCGCUGUGAGACCCUCUGAUUCAUCUUCAGGUACUUCUCCAUGCAGUUUAGGGCACAUCGCUCCUACAAAUGUGAUUGAUCAUUCGGGAGGACAGACUUUUUAAUAAAUCUCUAAGUGUACGCA